GAGUGCAGUGUCUGUGAGUGUCCUGGAAACGUAAUUGAAUGGGAACAUAACAAAGGCAGACAAGAGGCUGAAAUAAAAAAAUAAGGAGAAGCUUUACUAAACAACAAGGACUUCUGGAACAAAGGUCAAAGAAGGCACAACUGACAAGACUAAAAGAAACCCCACCAUGACACACCAGUUCUUUGAGGGGAAGGAGCACGCGUCCAUCUACCAGAAGUAUCGCUUUGCGCUUCCAGAUGAGGUCAAAAAUAUUAUUCUUCGAUACUUAAAUAAAAAGAAGGGACAGCCACAUGUGCUGGCAGUAGAUCUGGGAUGUGGAACAGGUCAGACCACUCGAAUAUUGGCACAGCACUUUAAAGAAGUCGUGGGUAUUGACAUCAGUGAGUGUCAGCUUGAGGAGGCCAGAGCUGUGCCAGGGUUCUCCAACAUCGAGUACAGGAAAGGGAGCGCAGAGGAGCUUCCUUUUUCUGACAGCUCUGUCGACUUGGUGACAGCAUCAGCAGCUGCCCACUGGUUUGAUCACACGAAGUUCCUUGCUGAGGCAGGUCGGGUUCUGAAACCCCGGGGCUGCAUUGCUCUGCUGGGUUACACUCUCAAGAACAACAGACUUUCCUACCAAAACUGUGGCGAACAACUUAACAGCCUCUAUGAAGAGGUGAUUCAGCUGCUGAUACCAUACACCAGCAACCCAGUAGUUCAGUGUGACAGUAAACUGGAGGAGUUAUACUCUGCAAUCCCUUUUCCAGACAAAGAACGGAUUGAAUGCAUUCAAGUGAAAUCUUUCAUCACAUUGAAAAACCUGGUGGGAUUUAUUGAGACCUUGUCCAUGUUCCAAACUUACAAGAAGGACGACCCUCAGGCUGCCAACAACCUGCUGCUUAACACUCAGAAGAGGUUUCUGGAUGAAAUGGGAGUCACAUCUCCGGACACUGAACUAAAGUGGACAAUGGAGUAUUUCUGUGUUCUGGCAUCUAAACCACAAUAAU